AUGCUAGGAGGUUCAGGCGGAUUUAUGACCAUAUCUGGACACUUCACACAAUGGAUAAAUCCUUUCGUGAAAUCCUUGGAGCAACUUUGUUCUUUGGCAAAACACAAUGUUGAAAAUAGUAUUGAUGCAUUUCUUGCCUCAACUUUAUUUACCAAUCAACUAAUGUCUCGCGAUCUAUUUGACACUGAAAUGAAUGAAACACUAAGUCAAUUCGAAAAUAAAACAAAAACUGCAUUUGCGCAUAUAUUAGACCUUAUCCGUUCAACUAUCCAAGGAAAUGCUUUACUACAUAUAAAUUCACAAGCUUGGAGUUUAGUUAAAGUUAAAACAAACGAUGGAAGUGAUAUUAAUUUCCUUACUGUACCUCGUACAUUCAAUAAUACACAAGAGAAUACAAGUUGUUUAUGCAGCACUUUACAAACAUGUCGAAUGCCACGACAAGUAAAUAUAAAUUCUGAUUUGGUUACUAUUGAUGGUAUAGUCAUUGGUUGCCAUCAACUUGAAACAUUACUUCUUUCAUCUUUGACUUGCUUCUAUUAUCUGCAAUGCAUUAACAUCCUUCGAGCUCUUAGCGAAGGAGAAGCUUUAACAAAGGAACAGUUUGAUGGAUUAAAUACGUUAACAACACGAUUCUCUAUGAAUGAUACUAUAGAAAAGAUAGCAUAUGAAAUGUUUAUCGAAUCAUGGUCCACUAAUACAUCCUAUGAAACAUAUUUUAAUAGUUGCUCUCCAAGUUAUUGUAUUUAUACAUAUUAUCAAAAAUCUGAUGAAUUAGAAAUAUUAACAAUAUUUUUGAGUGCAUAUGGUAGUUUAUCAAUUGCCGUUUACUUUAUCGUACCUUAUCUUGUUAAAUUAAUUAAAAAAAUUUUAAUUUGCUUUCGAAUUACGCAACAACAAUGA